UUUCUGCUCUGGUCACGCACAGUUAGCAGUUCAUGAACUCACCUCCAAGGCGUGUGUUUGUCCACCCUCUUCAUUUCUGUCCAGCCGAAGCUUCCUGCUCCCAUGUUUUGAGCCCGCUCCGGUCGGAGACAGUUCACCAUGUCCACCGGGUCUCUCAGCGAUGUCGACGACGAGCUCCUGGACGGCAUCCUGAAGUUUGGCUCCUCCGGUAAAGACUCCAACGAGAGCACCGAGGAGAGCUCCAACUGCGAGGGCACUUGCGCAAACGACGCGCCGGGCAAGAAACGGAAGACAGCGUCCAGGAAAACUGCACCAAAGGGUGUGGCACAGCAGGAGGGCAAGCACGUGCAGAGGAACGCGGCCAACGCCCGGGAGAGAGCCAGGAUGCGCGUCCUGUCUAAAGCCUUCUCCCGGCUGAAGACCACCUUACCCUGGGUACCACCGGACACCAAGCUCUCCAAACUGGACACUCUGCGCCUGGCGUCCAGCUACAUCGCGCACCUCCGGCAGAUACUGGCCAACGACAAAUACGAAAACGGAUUUAUCCACCCCGUUAACCUGACGUGGCCUUUCAUGGUUGCAGGUAAGCCGGAGAACGAUUUGAAGGAGAUGCUGAACACAACAAGGUUAUGUGGAACAACGGCGUCCUGACAUAACCAAGCGGACACCUCUAUACGUUUUCAAAGGAACAAUGAUUUUCCAAGAAAAAAAAAAGAUUAUGACUGAAAUGCACGUCUCAUCUCCGCAGACUUUGAGUGGGAAUAACGGAGAGAGAAUCUCCUCUCUCCUUCGUUCCCGUAAAGACAAGUUGAAUUUUAUUUAAAUGCAUUCUGUCACCUGUUGUUGUCUUUGCUGGUUCAAAGAUAAACUGCGUGCUUUAAAUUGCUUUUUUUAUACCCAGCAGAUGCAUUUUUACUUAUGCAGGCCUUUUUUGGCGGCUGCAGUAUGAUGGAUGGAUGUGCACAUGGAAAUUCAAGUGUUCACUAUCUCAAAUGGUUGUACAGAUUACAUGUAUAUAAAAUAUAUUUGUAUCACUUUUA